AUGCUGCAUCCUAAAAGCCUUGAUCCCAAAGAAGAUGUUAAGAAGAAAAGAAACAACGAAUCCGACGAAAAACAUAGAAGAGCUGAUCGAACAUUUAGGAGUUAUAGAUCCGGAUCCGGAGCAGGGCUGCUUGUAAUUUAUAAAACAAUAACCAUUGACUGCCUUAAUGGAGAACUCGACUUUAUCAAUUGGUGGACUACCGUUCGUUCAAUGGCUGCGAGUACCCGCUUAACACUCGUAAACAAAAAUGGGGUCGAAAAUAAGUCAAACAAGAUUUAUAAAAUUAUUGAGAAGUAUGUUUAA